UUGUAUUUUCUCUUCGAACCUACUCCAUGUGAAACCAAACACCCUCACAAAGUCACAAGAGUUUUAUCAAUUGGCAUCAAUUGGCUUCUUAAGGAAGCUACUUUUCCCUCCUCGAAUUUCAUUGAUUGUCCAACGGUCGAGCAAAUAUCAAAGCAUCCUCACCCUACACGUGUACAAUCAAGUUUACACUGCGCGGUUCAUAUCCUCCUCUUCUUUGACCCUCUAUCUCCCCAAUUCAACUUCCUCCGUUCUUCCUCCAUUACUUCGUCCUCGAUUCAACUUCACUCCGACUCAAUUCGAAAAUAUGAGUAAUCCAAAGUACUAAUUGGAUUUUGCUGAACUUUUUGAUUCUUAUUAGAUGAAAAAAUUUCUGGGUUUUUGCUGAUUUUUUGACAAAAUUAAAGAAAUGAUGGUUCAGAGUAGGAUCAAGGUUAAAGAAAAUGAUGAAAAUGGUGUCGGAGCUUCCAAGAGAAGAAGCAUUGCAGAUGUCGAUCACUGGGCUUUUCUGGAAGAAUUUGAGGCACCCAUGUGGGCUGAUCUUACGUUGGAGACAACGCUGAUAUCAGAAGACAAUGAUGAUGAAUGGUUUCACACGAGCCACCCGUUCCAUCAUCAUUCUGCACGCCAUUUGAGAUCUGCAUUUGCACAUCCAGAUGUGGGGAAUGAUCUCUUCAACUUAUGCUCUCCAAAAUUUCCAUCAUCCGUUUCAAAAUCAAGAGGCAAAGACUAUAGAAGUAAAGACUGCAUAAGCAAUUGUCGUCAGAUUUCAGUCAAUAAAGAACAUCCUGUAAAUGAUUUGGGUGGUAGGGUUUCAGUAACUAAUAUCAUGUCAAGUCAGGACAGUAUACCCAAAGUGAGCCAUGAACAUCAAAGUGAGGCUUCUAGCUCAAUAACCAGUGUGGUGAAUUAUUCAGAGAGAAGAGUUGCUCUGAAUCCUCAGUCAGCUAGUACAAGUGGAGUAUCAACAAGCACCAUAACAAAUGUAAGUAUGCAACGAGAUUCAAAGGCUUUUGAGGUGUCAAAAGAGGCAUUUGGUCACACUGGUGGUCUGCUGAAUGCUUUAAGAAACAAUCUGAGAAAAAGUCGUGCCACAAGACCAGCAUCAAGGGUUGAGAUAUGUGAGGAUAGAGACUUUAAUGGUCAUAAAUCUUCUGCUGGCAAGUCUAGUGUGGGCUCUUCUAGCACUGGAUAUGAUACAAAAGGUAAGGGAUUGGCAGUAGUUCCUAGAACUGAUUGCAGCAAGCAAGUGAAAGUAGAGAUGAAUAUAAAUAUAGGAUCAAAAGGUCAGAAGACUUCAUAUGGGAGGCCCAACCAAAGGCUUUCAAAUUCAAAGUUUGAGGUUAAGAAAACGCCAGCUGGUUACAAACAGAACAAAGAUAAAAAUCCGAACGUUCGAGACCUGGGGAAAUUGGCAAAACCUGUCCAUGAGAGGGUAAAAGCUAAAAACAUAAAUGAGAUAUCUGUUUGUACAAGGAGUACUUACAGCUCCAAGAUGAAGGGUAAAGAUUACAGCUCCAAGAUGGAGGGUAAAGAUGACAGUUCUAAGAUGAAGGGUAAAGAUGACAGCUCCAGGAUGAAGGGUAAAGAUGCUGCUGCUACAUCUAGAAGCCUGGCAGCUUCUAAGUCAAAGGUUGUACUUCAAACAACUCAAAAAAAUUCUUUGAAUCGGUCAAGAAAUGUAGCCCAAGGUGUUAAGGCUAAAGUACAGAGCAGCCGGUUUGAUAAAGCUGUGAGCAGUGGAAAGGAGAACAUGAGAGGAAAAGCAGUUUUGAGUCUAAGAUCUGGUGGCAAAGAUAACAAGCCUGUUGUAAGAGUUUCAGAUCUUAAGGGGAGGAUCAGUAGGAUGAAUGAUGGCAUCAGGUCACUGGAUACUCGAGUCCAUCUUAGAUGAAGACUACUGAUGUGAAGUGGAAGUUUUGUAUAUAGUCGAUGUUUACAGUAAUUCUUCAUUACUGAUCUCACUUUUUGAACAAAUAUAGGGAGUUGUGAGUGCCUGUAAUUUCUUUUAUCAGGUAGUUAAAUGUUUGUAUGUGCUGUGCAGUGCACCUUAGGCAUGUACAAAACUAUCUGAGAAUCCGAAGAUUUGAUAAUCCGAUCCGCAACCAAUUCGAAUUUUUGGAUAUUCGAUCCCAGUUUUCAUUUCAUUUUGGAUCGAAUAUUCGAUCCGAAAAAGCGGAUAUCGGAUGCGGAUUUGGACAUUGAUUUUCAAAAUUUCGGAUAUCUGAUAUCUAAAAUAUAAAGGCUGAAA